CUCCAGCCCCUUCCGCCGCCCCUCCUCUAGCCUUCCUCGCCCUCUCUUCCCGGUCCGGCCCCUCAGGCCGCCCGCCCGCUGGGCCUUUCACCUUCUGGCGAAGCCAGGGAGUAGCGGUCGCGGCGAGGUCUGGGGCGCAGCGCGCUCCCGCCAGCCCGGCCUCGCCUGGCAGGCCCCGGGGCCGGACUCCCCGCCUGCCCGGAUUUAGGGCGAGUCCUUCCCGGGACUCUGCAGCGGCCCGGGACGGGGAGCGCGGGCUGGGGCCUCGCCUCUCCGAGGGAUGCAGGGGAUGGAGGCGGCAGUGAAGCCUGCGCGCCGAGCUCAAGCAUUCAAGUCAGGGAGCAGAACAACCAAAACCAUGCAAGUGACUCCAGCUGUGGCCAGAAAUGGUCCAGAGCCGCUGGACAGAGAACCUUUCCCAGGACCCACGUUCUGCCUCCAGGGAGACCGGACGCCUAGCCUGGUAGCUCCCAAGCCUCCCAGGACAUGGAAGCUGCAGCUCCAAGGUCCUUCUGUGCUCGAGUCCAAGGUGAAGGCCUUGAAGGAGAAAAUGACAGCAAGGAAACAGAGGGCAAAUCCCUGCCCCACUUCCUAUGAGCGUCCAUCGCCCCCCAAAUCCAAGUGCUGCCAAGUCAAGCCCGAAGCUGUUUGGAGCCUACUUGAGGGCUCUCCUCUACCAGAUACCCUGGUGGUUCCCCAUGCUCAGAACCAGACUGAUGGGCAGCUAGACAGCAGUGUUAAUGAGAAGAAGCCUGCCAGGAAUGGUGGAUCCAGGCCAUCUACCCCUGGCCUCGGGAGCUGCAAUGGACAAAGCCUGUGGUCUCCAGAAGCAGCGUGGCUGCUGGCUGAUCAUGGGGAUGGCCCAGCACCAGGAUCUGGCUCUUUACAAGAGAGCCCCAACAACCAGGUUUCUGUGGGUCAGCCAGAGGGGCCUGGUCCCUGUAAAACCACCCACCUGAGCAGCCUGAAGAAGAGAAGACCCUACCUACUUGGAGACGGUGUGGUGACAGAGGGAGAUCUAGACAACAGAACCCUAACAACCUCCAAGGAGGACUUAGUCCCCAGAACAGACCUGCCAGACAUGUUCGGGAGAGCUGGUGGCCUGGAGGCGCUGGGCACCGGGACAAACGCUUUGUCCCUGUCUGAACAGGUGGAAAGGAACCGCCUCCUGCUACAGGAGAUGCUGAAAGUUUCCAGACAGGGUUCUUCCUCGGUGGGAAGCCCAGACCGGACUCCAUCCUGGGACAGGGCUGCAUCAGAGAGACCAGCGGGAGACGUGGACUGGGACUCGGGCACCCCUCUGCAGGACUCAGGUCAGAGAAGGAUCUGCGUUCCCAAGCUGGAGCCUGUUCUGAGUGCCAGGGAUGAGGGAACCAAGCAUCUGACUCAGCAUGCUCGCAUGAAGGCCAGGACCCAACCACUCCGAGCCAGCCAUGAUAUUGUGCCCACCAUUGCUCAGGGCAGCCGCAAUGGCCAAAGCAGUCCAGCCCUGGAUGUCAGGAGCACCUCUGCCUCCAGAGAGUUCAUAAUUAAUGGGAACCUGAGUGACUCCUCCAGUGUGGAGUCUGGCAAUGGGCAGUGGCCCAGGCAGGGAAUGCCACCGUCUCACGUCCGAUUUGAAGAUGAGUCUGCUCACGAGGCUGAGUUCCGGUACCUGGAACGGCGCCAGCAGCGCCAGCGUCAGGUGUUAAGCACAGUGCUACCAGCUGUGGGCCAAGGACCUCUGCGCUCCAAGCCUGAUUUAACCAACUACAUUAACCAUAACAUGGGGAACGGUGCAUUCCACAGGCCUGUGGACUCCCUGGACCACAGUGAUUUCCCUGCACCACCAUCGACAUGGAACAGUGAGAGGACAUGCCCAGCCUGUGGCAGCUAUCUUGAGGAACGUUGCCCUGCUGAGGGGAGAGCAGCGCCUGACCUGAGGGUCCUCCAGGGUCUCCAGGCAACCUGUGAGCAGGCAUUGCUGCUGAGACCCUGUAAUUCCCAUGACUUGAGCUCCCCAUUCCCAGGGUUCCAUGCAGAAUGGAUCCGGGAAACACACAUCACAGACACUGUUGCCACGCACCCUGAGGAGGGGGACUCUGCCCUCAACAGCGCCAUCAAUUUAGAUAGUCGGACUGACAUUAAGGAUGCCAGGACCUCUCAGCCCAGUGGGGCAGGUGGGCAGAUCCAAGGCAGCAGCCCCCUGCAGUGGCAGUGUGACUCUAGGCCUCAGGAAGGCCCCAGGUGGCCCAGAACUGAGGUGGAGCUGCCCUGGGACCUUCAGGCCUGGCCUCACCUACACGAGGUUGGUAAUGUGGUUGUAGGAGGGGAGAUGAAAGGAGCCACAGGACACAUACCCCAGGGGCCUUUGCUUAUAAAGGAAGACGCUGAGCCCAGACCUGCCUCAGAACCCAAGAGGUCUUGGUCCCAGGGGCAUCUUGGGCUACAGUUAGGAAAUCACGGGGCCCACCCCGAGGAUUCCUGGACUACAUGCAGGACAGCUUAUGCUGUGUCGUCUUCUGAGAAGCUUGGGUCCUCAGGGUCAGGUCAGCCAGACCAAGUGACUGAAAGCCAGGAGUCUCUGGAAACUGCCUGCACUCCUCUCCAAGGAAGCCCUGAGGAGCCCUCUGCACCUCGCCCAGCCCUGCAGCCAACUUUGCCCUUCUCCCUCGAAGGCUGGGCACCAACCCUUCCCUCUUCAAAGAAGUCCUGCCCGAUGCCUCUGAGGAAGUCACCCUGUACUGGGCAUCACAGGCAGGAACACCAGGUUGAGCAUGUGGACAUCCCCCUGCCUCUGUCCCCUCCAAGAAUCUCAGUUCACACCUUGCCCCAGACCCAACCCAACAGGCCCCGUGUCAAGCAUCCGCUGCUGGACCUGUCCGCCAGCACCAACGGCAGUGUCCCUCUGCGGCUGCAGGAGCCCCGUGGAGCAGCUGUCCCCAAGAGUAGAGCUGACAGGGAGUACUGCUGCCAGGAGCCUGGACUGCCCCUGGAGAGUGACAGAGAUGGGGGAUGCGGUGCUGUUACAGGAACACUCCAGGACUCUCCCCAGUCAGCAGAUGUCGCCACUGUCAGUUCUACAGUCGUCACCCUUUCCCUCACCCCAGAGGAGCCUGAGUGCCGCCUGGAGCCGCACAGGACAGAAUCCAGCUCUGGAGACCACAUGCCCACUGGAGCAUCACCUGAGACCAGUGCAGGGCAUGUGCCACCCUCCGCCACCCAUUCUGAUGGGAGUAAGAAAAGGAGGAGUAGUGUCUCCUCCACCCUGGGGCUCAAAAAACUCUUCUCAGCCCUGGGUCACACCCCCCGAGCCAGACUGGGCACAUCCCGGAGCUACAGUGUGGAACAGCUGCAGCCCUCAGCACUAGCUCCCCAGACCAGUACCUCCAAAAUGAAGAGAGCCCCGUCAUUGCAAAUCCUGCAUCUGGAUACAGUGCUGUGAGAGGAUCUGUCGCCUGUCUGCUUUGAUGUCUCAUCACUUCCAGAACGCUCUUGGCCUCUGCUGGAUAGACCCUUCCAACCGUCAUGGUCUGAAGGGAUCCUUCCCUGAAUGUGUCUCCCCCGCUGACUCCUGCUAUUUCCUCAGUGCUCCAGGCGUGUUUUUAGAAGACAUCACUGUCCUCAGACCGAGGGGCCUUCUGCUCUGUUUGUCCUCUCACCAGGGCUCACUCCUCCAUGUCUCCGCUCACUGGAGUACGGUAUCUGCACUCCCAAUACCCAUCUUAGUCAUUAGUCUAGUGUACCCAGUUCACGCUGAGUGAGCACCAGGCGCUGGCUAAACGUCUCCCUCUCCGUGUGCUUAGCAAAUCACCCCAGCACACGAGCCUCGACCAGGAAUCCUGCUCUGUACUAGGAGCAUGUUGGUAUUCUGUGGAUUCUGUCCUCUGCCUCCUCUGUGCAGAGAAGGUGGUGGUCUACAGAGCAAGUUCCAGGAAAUCCUGUCUUGAAAAAUACAAACAAACAAAACUAAACAAAAAAACAAAUAAGGGGGGCUGGAGAGAUGGCUCAGAGGUUAAGAGCAUUGCUUGCUCUUCCAAAGGUCCUGAGUUCAAUUCCCAGCAACCACAUGGUGGCUCACAACCAUCUGUAAUGGGGUCUGGUGCCCUCUUCGGCCUGCAGGCACACACACACAGACAGAAUGUUGUAUACAUAAUAAAUAAAUAAAUUAAAAAAAAACAAAUAAGGUAGAGAGCACUGGAGCCUUUCCUUGCAGAGGCCUCGGAAGGAGGAGAAUGCAGGGCAAGUGACUACUGUCAUGGGCUCAGCACAGUAUCUAGGGGAGAAGAUCCACGUGCAGCAUCUGCUAUCUGCAUGAGUAGAGAUGGGGAGGAGAAGCAGAGGGUGAGCUGGGAAGGAAGACACCAUCUCAAGUUAAACAUCUCUGGCGUUGAACUGUGAGCCGUGGCACUUGGGUUUAUUGCCAUUGGAGUUUCUGUCUCCAGAAACCCUCAAGGAAAAUGACAGUGGACUAGUGUCUCAAAGGUCUCGCUGCGGUGUAAGCUGAGUGACUGAAAGCAGAGAGCCACCUGGCUAAGGAUGGGGCAUGCAGGAAGGAAGGUACAGAAUUCCAGAACUGAACAAAAAGCAGCAUUCCGGUCUCCCCCAGGAGAGCAGAUGCCUGAGUAUCCGUCCUCCCCUCCGCGACCAAACACACCAGCACAUACUGUGCCCUCUCUCAUAUCCCGUACCCUCUCUCAUGUCCCUGUGCCCUCUCUCAUGUCCCUGUGCCCUCUCUCAUGUCCCUGUGCCCUCUCUCAUGUUCCCAUGCCUUCUCUCAUGCUAUCUUUUUUGGGGGUGGAUCUUGGGCACCUGUGCCCCUCUUUUUAGCUGGAGAGCUCUUGUCACAGCCUCACUCAAGUGCCAGCUCCUCGUCUGUACCCAUACCUUCUGAACCAAAACAUCUCUGCUUAAGGAACUUGUUAUAAGCUCCUGGAGCUAUCAGUUAACUAGACUCAUCCUCACUCCCAACUGGAAGCGUUCUGCUCUAAGGUGUGUCAUGUCGAGUACACCACCAGUGAGCCACACCCCAGCCCCUCCCCUAAGGAAGUGUCCCUAAGGGACUUAGGAUCCUGUUCCUCCUGCCACAGCCUCUGAGUACUGGGGAGAUUUCCACAGUGAGCUAAGUGCUGAGUUGUUACUGCUUUGAUGUGUAGCUCCAUCUCUCGGAGCAGGUUCUACUGACUUUUGCUAGGUGUCUGGACGUGCAGACCAAGGCUUGUAUCUUUGUGUGCCGUCAGGUUCAUGGUUCCGGCAAAUCCUAUGUUGCGGACCCCUUUCCAGGCUGCUUUUCUCACCUGCAAUAUUGGGCCUUUCCCACUAGGUGUCACCCUCUCAUCAGCAUCGGAAAGCAGUUUCCUUCCAGAACCUCCAUUCUCUGCUAGGGGGCAAGGGAGAUCGGUCCAGCCUCUACCGGGUAGAGGGGUCAGGGGACCCCAGUACACCGAGCAGGUAAG